UUGAGGAUUUUCGCGUCGCUAUUAGAUCCCUUCUGUGGAAGCCACGCGAUUUUCCGGGCCGGUUUUUCCGUCGCCGCGAUCGAACGAUCGACGGGAAAACGAAUGGAGCCUCGCGAUACCAGUGGAACGUAGAACAAAAAAAAAGAAAGAAAAUCGUGGAAACGCUCGUAAAGGCAUGCGACCGAAACGAGCAUUUCGAUCGUGGAAACCCUGGGGGAUUGAAGGUCGAAUAAUUCCAUGCAAAUUCACUGAAGAGGCGUCCAGGAUAGCACCAAUAUAGAACACGGUGUGCUUCUUGCAACGUUUGAAAAUGUCCCCUGACUCGCAUCUACGGAACAAGAGGACUACGUUCCGGAAGACGCUGCCGGUGCUAGCUGCGGUUGAGGUCGGUUCUUCGAACAAACGGAACGCAACGAACGAGGACGUGGCCAUUUUGCCAGGAUACAAUGUCACAACGACAGCAAGCGGCGCGGCUAGUAAGACGAACCACUUUGAUACGGAUUUACAUGGGAAUGUUAACAUUCUUCUCGGUGGAGCGAUGCUCAGCGGCGUGAUUAUGGUUGUGGCCCUUAUGUGUUAUUGCUGUCACAAGAGCAUACGAAAGAACCGACCGCAAGAGUAUCCACAGUACUGGAGGACAGAACCGGACGUCCACAGUCUCGAGGUUUUCACUACCGAAGCACACGCAGCUUGCUGCGAAAGACAAUCAGCCACGGAAGGAAACCAAGAGGAGGGCACGUACGGGGCUCCUUCGUGUCCAGUGAGCCCUAGCUCGGGACCCGGUCCACCCCCAACCUACGACAGUUUGAUAUUCGAUCCACGGAGUUUACCCGCCAGCAUAGAGAAAAAGUCAGAGGGCCCUGACACGCCCAGAACCAUCAUUCCUUCCAUGGUGUCCACGUUUCUUGGUCUGACGACAUCGCCGGUGAGAUCCGCGGAAUGCAACGAGCCCGUCGAGCAAGAAACGUCCGCGAUCGACGAAGGUUUACCGUCUUACGAGGCAGCCUUAAAAUUAGACGCCAACGGUUACGUGUAACCGACGAACUGCCACGCCUAGCUUUUAAUCAGGGAAGCGGAGGAUUUUACGAUUCUUCGAAUCGAUUACCGUCGAUUCCCUUUGGUGGUCGCGCUCGACGCGUUUCUUAUGCUCGAUCGAGCGACUAAAACGAUGAACGAACGCCGAGGGAAUCGAAACUAAGUUGGGAUUGGUUUCGAUUCUUAGUUUCGGUUCUCGAGAGAAGUUACGUUGCUCGAUCGACGCUGCUUGUCCGUCGAUACUGUUUCAGAAAGUCUUUCAAUCGCUGCGUAGCUCGAAAA